GUACCAGUCGCCACAUGUGAAAUGCUGAGUUCUGUUUGUCCAAACAAGCCUGACUGAAAAUCUCUCUCAAGACCGCAAUGCUCUUGUCGAAGUGUCUCCACAAUACAACAAACAAUAAACGCGCGGUCAACAUACAGGUCCGUGCGCUGUGUGGCAGGCACACUGGUCGGACUUUGAAGGUGUAGGGCCAUUCAACAAAACUAUCGCGUCGAGACGAACCACCCAACAUAUCCUCUUUUCGCUUCCACACUUGAAAUAUCUCAGAUUCAACACUCUCAGCGAUGUCCGACAACGAGGGAACCACUAAAAAGAGCGGUUAUCGCCUGGAAUACGCGACUUCUGCCAGAUCCAAAUGCAAAGGUCCCAAACCCUGCGCUGGCAGUCCAAUCGCUAAAGGAGAGCUUCGUGUUGGCUCUGUCGUCGAUUUCAGGGGGAACACCAGCUACUCAUGGCGCCAUUGGGGUUGUACGACCGCCAAGAUCAUAUCCAACAUGAAAUCUCAAUUUGAAUCCGCCGAUGAGCUCGAUGGUUUUGACGACCUCAAAGACGAAGACAAAGAACGCCUCCGCAAGGCAUGGGAGGAAGGCAAGGUUGCUGACGAGGAUAUCCCAGAAACAGCAAGGAAAGCCCCUGGAGAAGAGGCUGAAGAAGACGAAGAGAAGCCCAGGAAGAGGGCACCAGCAAAAGCCAAGAAAGACGCAGGAGGAGAGGAUGGUGAGAAGCCAAAGAGAAAACGUGCACCUGCAAAGGCCAAGAAAGUAGAGGACGAGGGAGAUGAAGAUGCUGAAGAUAAGCCAAAGAAGGCUCCUACGAGGAAGCCUCGGGUAAAGAAAGCUGCUGCUUCGUCAGACGCUGAAGAUAAAGGAGAGUCUGAGGAGAAACCCAAGAAGCGUGCGCCUGCGAGAAAGCCUACUGCUGAGAAGAAAGUAGCCGAGAAGAAGGCUCCAGCAAGAAAACGAGCUACUAAGAAGAAAGACGAAGAGGAAGAAUCCGGUGAGGACUUUGCAGAGGCAAUUGCCGAGGUUCAGGAGGAGGAGGAGGAUGCAGAAGAGUCUAACAAGAAGCGCAAGGUCGGCAGGCUUCUGUUCUCCCGAAGGGAUUGACUAACUUCUUUGUAGCGACCCGCUUCUUCGAAGCCAGCAUCCACUGUCAAGAAAGCAAAGGUAGCUUCCAAAUCAAAGAAGUCGAAGGAAGUUCUUGAAGAGGAGGAAGACAACGAGUAGAUCCUUUAUCCUUAUGGCGGCCUUUUUUAUCCAUUCCCUCGAGUAUCCACGAUUUCACGCAUUCAUAACGUUGCCAGCUGUUGAUGUAACUUGUUUGAAUUCUCUUGUAUGCUGUUGAGUAAUUUAAGCCUCGCAUUGACUGUUCAA